AUGGUCCCAGAGUCAUUAAGUGAUGUUUAUCAGAUGUACAAGCGCGACACUAAUGCCAUUGCAACAUGGCUAGCCAAUACGGCCAAAACCAACGGCUAUGGAGCUGCCCUCCACCAAGAGAAUGUGCCCCAUGCUGGUGGACGGCUUACGGGCAAGGCAAGGAAGGAAGCCAAGACGGUCACAAAAGCUACCAGCCAACAUGCAACUUCAAGUGCGAACAAACCAACUCACGCACUGGCCAUAAGAGAAUUCAUUUCUCUAGCUACAUUCAUUGCAAAUGCGGACCCUGCGAUUCAGGUUCCCUUGUUUCUCAGCAUCACGCUCAACCGCGUCAUUAAGGUACGAGCCACAUUCUCCCGUAUUCUGGGAGAGAAGUCCGAGCAAGUCGACGAGAUAUCCGAUGCUAGUCACAGCCAUUUCCUUGGCGUUCUGGAGAAAGUCCGCGAUAUCCUCAAGCCGAACAUGCAAGUGGACACACUCGAUCGACCGUCAGUCGUCCAAGAUACCACGGAAGCUGCAAUCGCAGGCUCGACGGGAGCGAAUGAUGAGAGGAACACUACGGGAAACCUCUUCGACGUGCUCAAUUUUUAUGAAACAAAGCAAGACAUUCCUGACCCACCUGACUCAGCCGUGCCUCUUCAGUCCGACGAGAAGUAUGAGAUCAAGCUUGAAGACAGCAUGAGCGAUGCCUUCCUAGCUUUUGUCGCACUCAUGCAUCUUGGUCAAUAUCUGCGUAAGACAAUUCGGUGCUUCUGGCAAAGCUAUAAACUUGGAGAAUUUCCUCUUGACGGUAUUGCCGUCAGUACCACCGCGGCUAUUGCAGUCUACCGGGAGAGGGAAGAAAAGCUUGCACCACAGAUUGAGAAGUUCGGGGGCGUGCUUUUCUUUGCGGAAGUGAUGUUUAGAGCAGGCUGCGCGGUGCUGGCCGACGAACUCAGUCCUCGUGAACGGUGCACAGACGAUAUCAAAUUCGUUGCCUACGAUAAUGAGAAACCUCUCAUGGAGCUGUGCCUUAUGUGCCGAAUGCUGGAUGAUUACAGAAGAUCCAGCUCACUCAGCACCAUCAAGGUCUACGACGGUUCUCAUGGAUGGUACGAUGAGGACAUGGACAUGGAAUCCGCCACAAAUCGGGAGAGGUACAAUCAAGACUAUUCGGCGCUUGCGGAGGUUCUUCCAGACAUGAGUAUUCUUUCCAUGGCCUCUGGAAAAGAGGUUCUAAAUGACGAGUUCGCCCAUGGAGUCAGAGUCAUGCACAAGACGAAUAAAGUACCCCUUUGGCUGUGUUUCGCGGCCCGGACAUAUCUUGACACACUUGUGGAGCUGCGGGGAAGCUUGGAUCUACCCUGGCAUGAGCUGAUGCUUACGAGUGAGAGGAUCAGAUCCAGUCUCGCAAAAGCGCUCGAGUCUCCAGGUGAUGUUCACCUCGUCGAGGGUUGGCCUGCUGUGAAGGGUCUGGUCAAGCAGUUGAUCCAGGAGUCAUCAGGAUGGGGCUCGGACCCAACUGCUCCUUGCAAAACAAGGAGGGGGUGGUCCAUCAAGCCCAAUCAGUUUCUACGACGCCAUCCACUCUAUUGUGGCCUGUGGGCGUACUACAUGAGGGCCCAAUUCCAAAAUAUUGGUGUCAAAUUUGCCAGUGCCUUUGGCUACGUUCAUCAGUCGUUCCAGCUCUACCACGCACUCAAACAAGAAGGAGUGCUGGGCCCGAAUCAAACAUGGAGAGAUAUUGAGACUCUUAUGACCUUGCAAGGCCUUGACACCUUUUUUGUCGGCGACACUCCGACCACACCCCGGGGGUACCUUCAGAACCUCAGCCUGAAAUCAGGAUUUACAACACGUAAAUCGGCCUCAAAGAGGGGCAAGAAUAAGAAGACCGAGAGAGGAACACUGAAGCACAAGGGCGAAUUUGCGAUGCAGUUCAUGAAUCUCUACUGGAAGACUGCUCUUCGGGGCUUGACGGUCUGCGAUCUCCAGCAGAUGAUUGAAGAAACCGGUCGCCGCUUCGUAAUGAAAGAGGAUGGCAAAAUUCUAUUGGAAGCUCCUGGCCAGGCAGAUCCCUCUGCAAAGCCAGCUCCUGACAACAUGCCGAUACAUGAGCUCAUCUAUGGCUUGAGCAAUAUUGUGUAUAAUGAAAACCGGCUGAUGGCUUUCGACUAUUUUCAGUUGCACAGGAUAUGUUUCCAAUAUCUGGAGCAUAUCCGCGGAACAAUUGAUGAGCAGACCCUUCAUCGACUUUGCCCCGAAUCCGCCGCACAGAAGCACCUCCCGUCCGUUGUCAGCAUGAUCUUCAGGGAUGCAGCUGGAGACGAGCCUCAGGGGCUCCUACAGCUUGCAGCAUCCACCCUGUUGAAGCAUAUCAAGGGCCCAACCUCUAAUAGUUGCACACGGGCAAUGAGAGAUCUUGGAAUCCCGAGCAAGAACAUGAACAGCGCCAACAAGGAGACCACAAUGAUUUCCUAA